AGCGAAAAGAACGACUUGGGCCUAGACCAGCCGCUCAAGCUCGGACGCGUCUCGCGUAUUGCCAAACUCACGGACGAGCUUCUUUUCGAGACCCACAGAGGCCUUCCGCAAGUGAGAAACAACUACCCGAAAUUGGUGCGUGCCAUGCGGAAAAACGACCUGGCGUAUGCCAGCAAAGUGCUGAAGAAGCAGGUGUCCAAAUCCGCGGCCCAUCAACUCAAGGUGUCCUCCGAGGUGGAGAAUCUCCAGAAGGUUUUGCUGUUCUAUCAGCUCUGGUGCCACGGGCUCUUUCCAAAGGCCACGUUCCAAGACUGUCUCCAAAUGUUGCGGGGCCACAAAUCGGUGGCCAUGAGAGAGUACAGGAGAGGCUUGCUCAACAACGAGAUCCGCCGCUUGAAGGUGGAAAAGGGCAUCAUUGUGGAGGACCCUGAAAACGAGCCCGGGGACUCGGACGACGAAUUCUACGACCCAGCCAGCAACGGU